AUGAGUGAUAUUAAGCAACAACAGAAAUCCGUUAUCGUGAUAGGAGCCGGUGUUGGCGGUGUUUCUACCGCUGCGCGACUUGCAAAGGCUGGCUUUAAGGUUACCAUCGUUGAGAAGAAUGACUUUACCGGCGGACGAUGCUCUUUGAUUCACCACGAUGGCUACCGUUUUGACCAAGGCCCUUCUCUGCUCCUCCUCCCUCGCUUCUUCCACGAGAUCUUCCAAGACCUAGGAACAUCUCUUACCGAUGAAGGAGUUGAGCUACUCAAGUGUGAACCCAACUACAACAUCUGGUUCGGCGAUGGCUCAUCUUUCGAGAUGUCAACUGAUCUCACCAAGAUGAAGAAAGCCAUUGAAGCCGUCGAGGGCAUUGAUGGUUUCGAGCGCUAUCUUGGUUUCCUCCAGGAGUCUCAUCGUCACUACGAAGUCAGCGUGGAGUCUGUUCUGCGAAGAAACUUCCCCAGUAUCUGGAGCUUGGCGAGACCUGAGGUGCUGCUCAAUGUCUUUAACAUCCACCCUCUUCAGAGCAUUUGGACUCGUGCGAGCAAGUACUUUUAUACUGAGAGACUUAGAAGGGUCUUUACCUUUGGAAGCAUGUAUAUGGGCAUGAGCCCCUUUGAUGCACCAGGCACAUACAGCUUGCUUCAGUACACAGAACUGGCAGAGGGUAUCUUGUAUCCUAGGGGUGGAUUCCACAAGGUUGUUGAAGCCCUGGUCAACGUUGGAGAACGCCUUGGCGUUGAAUACCGUCUCUCAACUGGUGUCAAGUCUAUCUCAAUUGACCAAGCAAGCGGCACAGCCAACGGCGUUGUCCUUGACGACGGAACACAUUUGGCCUCAGACAUUGUAAUUUCAAAUGCGGAUCUGGUCUACACCUACAACAACCUCCUUCCCAAGACAAAAUACGCCGACUCACUAUCGAAGCGUGAGACAUCCUGCAGUAGCAUCUCUUUCUACUGGUCAGCUUCCAAGAUCGUCCCGGAACUCAAUGCCCACAACAUCUUCCUUGCGGAUGAGUACCAAGAGUCCUUCGAUAGCAUUUUCAAGGAGCACCUCAUUCCUUCACAUCCCUCAUUCUACGUCAACGUGCCUUCGCGCAUUGACCCUUCGGCGGCUCCUGAUGGAAAAGACUCUAUCGUUGUUCUCGUACCUGUUGGCCAUCUUCUCUCUGAUUCAGAGGGAACACAUAGAGGUUUGUCCAAGUCGGGCAAUUCAGAUUUACUCACCUCUGGUCAAGACUGGGAGAAGAUGAUUUCUCUUGCUCGCGAUACUGUUAUCGAGACUAUGCGUGCUAGAAUAGGUGUUGACUUGACCCCUCUCAUCGAGCACGAGAUCAUCAACACUCCUUUCACAUGGCAGGAGAAGUUCAACCUUGACAAGGGUGCUAUUCUGGGUCUGAGCCAUUCCAUCAUGAAUGUCCUCGCUUUCCGCCCUGGAACUCAGCACUCCAAGUACAAGAACCUCUACUUCGCCGGUGCUAGCACACAUCCUGGCACAGGUGUUCCGGUUUGCAUUGCUGGCAGCAAGAUCGUUGCGGAGCAAAUCCUUCGCGACUCAGGCUUCAAGAACAACCAGAUUCCAUGGGCGAAGGACACGUCCAAGUCUCCCAAGAGCGGGCUUGAUAAGCUUCAUGAUUCGUCGCUGACCUUGUUUCACGCUUUCUUGGGAGCGUUGGUUGCGAUGCUGUUGGCAUACUAUUACAUGUUUAUUGCUUCUAAUUAG